UCCGUCAGCAGCACUGAGAGCUCCAGUCAGAACUCUGUAGUCAGAGGGGACGGAAAGCGGAAUGGACUCGCUGUAACUUUGCCACGUUCGCUCUGGGGUGGUUUGCGGAGUGAGAGUGAAAGUGUGUGUGUGUGUGAGAGAGAGAGAGAGAGGGAGAGAGAGCGCUGUUCUCCGCCAUGCCGUCUCGGAACGCGGAGUCCGGGGCGCGCGGCGGCGCGAGCGGCUCCUCGGUGCUGCGCCUCAGUCCCGCGCUGAGCUCGCGCUCCACGCACCGCCGACGCACGGCGCUGCUCCCGUCCGUGCUCACGUUCGCCGUGAUCGUGGCGUCCGGAGGCCUGCUGCUGCUCAUCGAGAAGGGAAUGCUGAACAGCAUGCACACGCCGUCGCCUCUGGGCAGCGGCAAGACCCCCGGUUACCGGGUCACGCAGCAGGAACCAGCUGUGGACGUGGACUCGCAGAUUUUACAGGAUAUCCGUAACCGCACUAUCCGGGCGAUGUGCGGCCAGCAGAAGACAGCCCAAAGUGUGUGGUCUCUCAGCUCACUACAACGGAAAACCCUGCUCCAGCACGUCCUGGUGAACGAAAAGUAUCGCUUUCUCUACUGCUACGUGCCCAAGGUGGCCUGCUCCAACUGGAAGCGAGUGCUAAAGGUACUGAGUGGCGCGCUGACCGACGUUCACGUUAAGAUGAAGAUGGACCACCGCGCCGACCUGCUCUUCCUCUCGGACUUCUCGCCCAAGGAGAUCCGCUACCGUUUGAGCCACUACUUCAAGUUCAUGUUCGUGCGUGAGCCAAUGGCACGCCUGCUCUCUGCUUACCGGAACAAGUUUGGCGAGAUCAAGGCAUACCAGCAGAAAUACGGCGCGGAGAUCAUCCGGCGUUACCGGAAGGGUCAUGCGAAGAAUGCGAAAGUAGCUGGGGACGACGUGACAUUUGCAGAGUUUGUGCACUACCUGCUGGACGAGGACUCCGAGCACAUGAAUGAGCACUGGAUGCCUAUAUAUAACCUAUGCCAGCCAUGCGCUGUUCAGUAUAACUUCAUAGGCUCGUACGAGAAGUUAGAAAGUGACGCUGCAUACGUGUUGGAGCGAAUCGGUGCACCACAGCACGUGCAGUUCCCCGAACGUCAGGCCUGGUAUAAACCUGUUACUAAGGAAACGCUGCAUUAUUAUCUAUGUGCGGUUCCUCAGAAGUUUCUCCAGGAACUUUUACCGAAGUAUAUUUUAGACUUCUCUCUUUUUGGUUAUCCUUUGCCCAACAUCACCGCUGAGUACUGUCGACAGUAGCAAAGACUUGCCUGUGGUCUUGUGUACAAAUUCAUAUCAUGGCUAUUACCUUUUCAGCAAUCUGUGAAGUUUUUAUUAUUAUUAUUUUUUAUUGAACGUUAUUUCAUUUAUAAAAUGUUGUACAGAAUGGGGAAUAUAUUCCAUGAUAACCUCUGAA